AUGUUGGUGAUUGAAUGCGCCGAGGAUGAUGAGUUAUUCAAUGCUGGUGCCCUACGACGUCGGAUAUUACGGCGUGACGGACGUCCACUUCGUCAAUGUCAAAUUGAAGCAAUAAAAACAAUGUUAGAAUCCUGUUAUGAAGAUCAUAAGACAAAAAUGCCUCAAUCCGUCUCGCGCAUUUUAUUUGAUGAACAAUUCAAUAGCCUUCCUGCAGCAAAAGCUUCCACACGUAAUUCAAUAGCAAUUAAUGAUGCACAACGGCGAAUCAUAUUUGUCAAAAAACUCAACACACCUCUGGCAAAAUUUUCAAAGAAGAAAGAACAUUUACUACCAUCAGUCAUUCGACAACUUGGAAGACUUCGAUUUCCAGAAGGACUUGAUUCAUACAAUCCUCCUACUUCGGGAUACGAUGUCUCUUUGGAGGAGUUCGUCAGAUGGACCAAAAAUUCACGCUAA